AGCGCACUCCCGCGCAGGCCCGAUAUGGAGACGCCCCGCGCGGAGCGCUGCCCGCAGCGGCCCCGGGGAACCGGGCCCCUCCCGGCCCCCGCACCUGCGGGGCCGCGGAGCCCCCGGGGCGAUGGAGAGCCCACGCUGCCGACGGCCCUCCCCGCCGCGUCCCGGCCUGCCCGCCGGCCCUCGCCGAGGGCCGCCCGGGAGCCGCCGGGCCGCCGAGCGCCGCCCCGGGUCCGCCCGAGGAGGGGCGCCCAGCGGCCGCCGGAGGCCGCCCUCCUCGGGCCGGCCCGGCGCCGCCCGAGGGCGGCUGCAGGCGCGGCGAGGGCGCUGAGCCGAGGAGGACCUGGACACGGUGUCUUCCCUGGCCUCGAUGGAGCAGCCCCGCGCCCCGACCUCGCGAGCAUCCCCCGCCCGAGGUUCUGCAGCUCCUAUCGCCCCCUGAGCGCCGGAAGCAUCGGCCACCCGACGUUCUGCCAGACGCUUUGCCUCUUCGUCCGGGGCGGCGGCCACUGCCCGCGCGGCCCCGGGUGCGCGUGGUGCCACCACCCCUCCUGCAAGAAGAAGAGGUACCUGGACAAGAAGACCCGGAUGCUGUUCCGGCAGAUGGACGACCUCACCAGGAUCACCACGGUCCUGCCCUGCCUGCAGGCGAAGAUCCACGAGCUUGACAGUGGCACUGCGGCGACACGCGCUCUGGAGAAGUGGCGCGACGACAUCAUGAGAAUGCCGCAGUUCGCGGGACAUUCCCUGGACGCGCCUGGGCUGGAACCAUACUGUGUAGAAGCACUGCGCAGGUUGAGUCUGACCGAUUUGUGUGGUUACCCCAUCCUGCCAGAGAGUGUUGUGGCGUGCACGAAGCGUUUGCUAAUGGAGUUGAUGGCUUCGGAGCAUACAAAUUCAUGAUCAUGGCGCACACGAACCUGGCCUCGCGCCUGGAUCACGACUAGAUGAAACCAGGUUCGCCCGCUCACGCCUAUGCAUCCGUGUCUCUGUAUUAUGCCUCAUUCACUUGCCUGUGGCUUGUGCCGCACGUGCUUGUACAUAUCUAAUUCGGAAUAUUGCCGGCGGACCUCUUGGAGAUCUCUUGGGGACUUUAGGGGGACUGGCUGUGUGCCUUGAGUCUUGGGGAGCAUCCUUUGCAGGAGAGGCUCCAAGGAUCCCCAUCGCUUUCCCGCUCUUGGGCCCCUACUGGCCUACAUCGCGGUUGCAGAUCAGAGAUGCCUCCUUUGAGAGGUGGUCUCAAUGAGGGCCGCGUGUGGUGCCGAGGAGGGCCGCGUUGCCGUGGCCUCGAGACUUUUUUCCUCCGAGGCAAGAUGCCGUCGAGACAGGCAGUCCGAGGGCAUAGCCCCUUGUGGCACGACGCCCCUGGGCUCAGCAGGUUGCUCUGGCGACUGGCCAGCUCCCGGCCCCGGCCACAAGAAUUUGAGACAGCGUCGUGCCCCUCGGUCUCCAUACCGGCCCCUUCCUGGGCCUCUCCCCUCGGGAGUCUCGAGACGGGGGUCAGUGCAAACGGGGGUCAGCCAGAGCGCCAGAUCCUGCAGGAUCCUGCGAAGACCCCCUCUGGCUGACCCGGGUUAGCGAGCCGCUCGUGGCCGCGAGGCGGCCGCGCCUAUUGGCUGACCCGGGUUCGCGAAGACCUGCGUUGCAGCUUUUUUUUUUUUUUCCUGCAUUGCAGUUUUUGGUUUCCUGCUGACCCGGGUCUGGAUUGACCCAGGUCAGAAGAUCGCCGAUCCCCCUUUUGGUGAACCGCCUGUUUCGGCCCAAGGCUGUUCGUGCAGAGCGCAGGGGUUCUCGCCGCCGCUGUAGAACUUUUGGAUUCGGCAGAGGAGCUUCCAGCCUAAACUCCCAGCCUGUCACCGAAUCAUGCCAGAGUCACGUUCGUUCUUGGCAUGCGCCAUGCGGCACCGGCUAGUCCUACCCUCGCUUCCGGAUACCAUGAGAUUUCGAGACCCUAGAGCAGGAGGGUGACACGACAAUAAAUGAUGCUCUAGUCGUUGUCUCAGUUCUCUGCCUGGAUCUGUAGGUUCCCGCUUGCCAGACUUGUACGGAGUCGUCCUCGUCUGGGAGAUUUGAGCCAAGGCGCAGUUCCUUCUCGCUGCACGGCCUUAUUAUAAUUUGUGCGUCCGUCCAUGCUCUCGCGCGAUUGCCCUUCUGUCUCUUGGACAACAACAGACGCCACGACGUCUAGGACGCAGGCAGUUGGGCAAGAGAGGCCUUGUAAGACCCAACUCAGCGCUGUACUUCACAUGACGCAGAAGCUCAGGGUCGGAUAGCAAAUUACGCUUGGAAGCUGGACCUACAGUGGGGGCGCGCAUCAAGAAACCAGCUGCUUUUCGUCAGAGUACCCUGGGUGUCUUCGCUUCGCGCGCUGCGCGGUGACCUCCCGCAGGCGUUGAAGAAGCUGCUGCGUUCAGGGUGCUCUAUAGGCUCCCCUCCGUGUGCAUCUCGCGCGCGGGGGGUUCAGGGCUGGUUUCUUGCGAGGCUUUCUUGCGGCCGCGUCCGCACUGCAGGCGGCCUUACGCGCCAGCUCCCUCACGGCCCGCCCCCACAGGCCCGGGCGCGCACCGGCCCGACGGCAGAGGGGUGGAGACGCGGCAGUCUCUAGCUCCGAGCUGGGGGGGUCCACCUGUCCCGCGCUCGCACCCUCAUUGCGUCGCUCGGGGUCUAGAGGCGAGAGCUCGGCCAGUGUCGUUUGCCGCGCCAGUGGCGCUGUCUGUGUAGGCAGCCUCACAUCGCGGAGGGGGAGGAGAAGAACGAGGAAAGGGUGUGUCUUUUUGCCCUUUUGUAGGCUUCUCCUGGAUGCUUAGUGCGCACUCGCUUCAGGAAACAAGCCGCCUUCGCUGCUGCCAUCGGUUGCUGUCUUCCUCCAGGCAGGAUGCCCCAUCUGGAAUCUUAAACAGGUUGUGCAACGACUGGGUGCUCCGCGCACACCUGUCAAGGGUGCGUGCUGGGAGCCUCAAACUCCAUCUCGCAAUUGCGCUCUAGGUUCUUCAGGAGCUCUAUGAUCUCUAGGUUCCCCAUUCGAAGGGGAGGCUCUAGGAGCUACAAGGUCUGGGCAGUAGCUGUU